CCGUGGAUCACACUGAGAGCGAGUGCGCGAAGAUGCACACGCUCUUCAGCGAGCAGAAUGCGUACUAUCGGCACGCGGCGACGGUGCCGAUGGGCAUGGGCGCGCCGUCGUACCCGGCGGUCGGUGCUCCCGGGAGUUAUUACGAGCAGUAUCGAUACGGCGGGUAUGCGACGGCUACAGGAUACCCGGUGUCGGGUAUCGGACAGCAGCACAUUCAUCACGCCGGCAAGGAUAUGGUGAAGCCACCUUACUCCUACAUCGCGCUGAUCGCGAUGGCCAUCCAGAAUGCGCCCGACAAGAAGAUCACGCUGAAUGGUAUCUACCAAUUCAUUAUGGACCGUUUCCCGUAUUAUCGUGAAAACAAGCAGGGUUGGCAGAACUCCAUCCGGCACAACCUCAGCCUGAACGAAUGCUUUGUGAAAGUGCCGCGGGACGAUAAGAAACCCGGAAAAGGGAGUUACUGGUCCUUAGACCCGGAUAGCUACAAUAUGUUUGACAAUGGCUCUUAUUUGAGACGUCGCAGGCGUUUCAAGAAGAAGGACGCGCUGAAGGAGAAGGAAGAGGCGCUAAAACGGCAGGGUAUCCUACCGGAGAAACGUCAGGAGGACGUUAAAUCUAGUAGCAGUCAGGUCGCGCUGCCGCCACCGUCGGACACUUCGACGAAGAAGUUGGGCGCCCUGGAGGCCACCGGUCUGUGCAAGCCCAAACGGGAACCGGUGAACGAUAACCAUUGCAUGGCAGCGGCGGCGGCCGCGGCUGCUGCGGUCCAAGCCAGCAAAUACGGGCUGCACAGCCCGAUACAGGAGGAUAAGACGACGACGGCGACGGUCGCGGCGCCUGGCCAGAGCGUUAUCCAGACGGCUCUGGGUCAUCAGGUGCACCAGGCGCACCAAGUGCACCAGGAAUCGAUCCAGGACGUGUCGAUGGCCGGUCUGGAUCCAACCAGCUUCAGCGUCGAUGCACUAAUGACGACACGGGAGAACAAUCCCGGUCUGAUGACGCGUGAUAACCAGCACCACUCGCACCAUCCGCACGGGCUCCAGCAUCCGCAUUCGAUUAUGAGUAGCAGGGAAUCCAUGGGCAGCGGCAGCAGGGAUCUAUCAUCCGCGGGCACCACCACGACUACCACGACGGCAGCGGUGGCGGCGAUGAUGGCCACCAGCGGCUACGGGCAUACCAGUACCGUUUCCAGAGGCAACGCCUCGCCACCCGGCACCAUGUACACACCGUAUUGUGCACCGGCGGCCGCCGGAUACGCCAUCAUGGACCACGAGUACAACACGGCGCGGAAUCACGCGAGCAACGCCGUGGGCCAUUCGCAGUGGUAUCAAGACGCCAGCCCCGACACCGCGAUCUAUCAGGACACCCAGUCCCCGAGCUGCCAGCUUUACAGGUCCAGCCCGCCGACGCCGCUUUCGACGGGCGCGGCGCCGUCUCCGCCGCUGUAUCACAGAUAUUACCAAGACUGUAAUGCCGUCAACACCAGCGGUAAUCUGCCGAUAACGUUGCAGAAGUACUGAGAAUAUCGGAAUUCAAGGUCCCAUCAGCGGAACCUUGAAGAGCACCACGGCGAUCACUAUGAUCCGGGUUUGAUUUACGUGAAGCAAGAAUGGAUUCCCACGACGGACGAGCUCGCCAAGGAAUGGAAUUAGAAAGGUCGUAAUGAGCUCUGGUAAAAAUUGUAAAUCUCUCGUAUAGUUUCUCGUAUCGAAUCGUAUCCUCGUAUCGCGUAGAAACGACAUAGGCGACAUCAGCUAAUACGACAAUUAGCGUAAUAAAUCGUCAAUGUCUCUAUAAGGGCAUCGUUAAUCGACGAACAGUGUCUUCGG